AACUACGAAACGGAGGACUGAGAUGCAAUUAUGGGGAAAAAAUUGAUCCGUGCGUCUUUGAGCUUCGCAAACCCGGCGAGAUAAAAGCCGCAGAAAAUGCUUGGUGGCUGAUGAGAAGAAAUCGUGCUGAUAGGGGUCGACUUUCCAAUUUCAUUCAACGCCUUAGUCUUUUAUUGUGGCAGGAAUGGGUUCAGAUCCCAAGGUUUUCGCCUUCGAUGAAGUGGCUAAACACAAUCACCAGCGGGAUUGCUGGCUUAUAAUCUCUGGAAAGGUAUAUGAUGUCACCCCUUUUCUGGAAGAACAUCCUGGAGGUGAUGAAGUCUUGAUAUUAGCUUCUGAAAAAGAUGCAACUGAUGAUUUUGAAAAUGUGGGUCACAGUCUAUCUGCCAUAGACCAAAUGGAACAAUAUUAUGUUGGCAACGUUGACAUGUCUACUGUUCCAAAGCCAAUCGAUUACCGACCACCUGCAUCGCAAUCAGCAACGACUCUUGCAUCGGCUCAAUCUUCAGGAUCUUCACUAAAACUACUGCAAUUUCUGAUUCCCCUGCUGCUUAUAGGUGUUGCAUUUUAUAUGCAAUUCUAUGGCAAAAAACAGUAAUCAGAUUAAUCGAACCGUAGAUGAGAUGCAUUGAGUUCUGCAAUAAGCCUGAGCUGUCUAGACAAUCUUUUUCAAUUUUUAUUGAAGACAUUCUGUGUUAUCUAGGUUUCUCUCCCACUGCCCUGUUGCUAAAUUCUUAGUAGAGAUUUUAUAAACAGUUCAUUUGUAUCCUGGUUUCAUUCACAAUCCCACUUUAAAUUCCGUCUGGUGCAUGAUUCAACACCAUUCA